AGAAAAUGAAGGCUGGCCAAGCAAGAACCACACCUAGAAGUAUCAUUAGAAAGAAAGCAACUGAGCUAAGAAAGAAGGGGCUCCAAGCUCAAGCGAGGGAUAAGAAUCCAAGGAACCAAAACUUGCACUCAGAUAUAAAAACUUUAGAAUAACAUUAUUGCUGAAAUCGAUCGAAUUGAUAAAUCUACAGAAAAUUUAAUCCAAAAAUUCAUUAAACUUGGCUCAUC